CUCGUUUGCACACGUUUCAUAAACACAACCAGGAAGUUCUCGACUUCAGGGAAAUUGAAACUAAAUCACUGUUAGGUUUUUAUGUUUCGUAUUUUCUAAAAUGGCAGAGGCGAGUGUUUCUUUGGCUCAGGAUCAGUUCACCUGUUCAAUCUGUCUGGAUCUACUGAAGGAUCCUGUGACCAUUCCUUGUGGACACAGUUACUGUAUGAGCUGUAUUACAGACUGCUGGGAUCAAGAUGAUCAGAAGAGAUACUACAGCUGCCCUCAAUGCAGACAGACCUUCACUACAAGACCUGUUUUAGGUAAAAACACCAUGCUGGCUGAAGUGGUGGAGAAACUGAAGAAGACUAAACUACAAACUGCUCCUCCUGAUCACUGUUAUGCUGAACCUGGAGAUGUGGAGUGUGACGUCUGUACUGAGAAAAAACACAAAGCUGUCAAGUCCUGUCUGGUGUGUCUGAACUCUUACUGUCAAAAUCAUCUUGAACAACAUGAGAAAUUCUUCAAAGGCAAGAAGCACAACCUGAUAGAUGCCACUGGACGACUUCAGCAGAUGAUCUGCCCUCAACAUGAUAAAGCCCUUGAAAUUUACUGUCGUACUGAUCAGCUCUGUAUAUGUUAUCUGUGUAUGGUGGGCAAACAUAAAAAUCAUGAUACUAUAUCAGUGGAAGAAGAAAGGACAGAGAAACAGAAACAACUGAAGAAGACACAGGGAAAAUACCAGGAGAGAAUCCAAGAGAGUCAGAAGAAGCUUCAGGAGCUGAGAGAUGCUGUGAAGACUCAUAAGCGCUCUGCACAGACAGCAGUAGACGACACUGAGAGGAUCUUUACUCAACUGAUCCAAGCCAUUGAGAAAAGACGAUCUGAGGUGACACAGCUGAUCAGAGAUCAGGAAAAGACUGCAGUGAGUGAAGCUGAAGGACUCUUGAAGCGACUGGAGCAGGAGAUUGAUGAUCUGAUGAAGAGAGACGCUGAACUAGAGCAGCUUUCACACACAGAUGAUCACAUCCAUUUCAUCCAGAGUUUCCAGUCUCUCUCUGUUCCUCCUGGAUCUACAGACUCAGUCAACAUCACUGUCAGUUCUCUCCUCUCUUAUGAUGAUGUAGUGAAAUCUGUGUCUCAUCUGAGAGAGAAACUGGAGGAUUUCUGCAGAGAAGAGAUAGAAAAGAUAUCUGAUAGAGUAAAGCAUAUUGACAUCGUUUCCACCCCUGAACCGAAUAGGGAACAGUUCGUACAAUAUUAUCGUCAGAUCACUCCAGAUCGUAAGACAGUGAAUAAUUGUCUCAGUCUAUCUGUUGGGAAAAGAUUGAUAAGUUACACUAACACAAUCCAGCCUUAUCCUGAUCAUCCAGACAGAUUUGAGGAUUUUGCUCAGGUGUUGUGUAGAGAGAGUGUGAGUGGACGCUGUUACUGGGAGGUUGAGUGGAGUGGUGAAGUGAAUAUAUCAGUGUCAUAUAAGAGCAUCAACAGGAAAGGUUAUAAGAGUUUGUUUGGACGUAAUGAUCAGUCCUGGUGUUUGAUCUGUACUGAAUCCAGUUGUUCAUUCUUUCACAACAACAUUGAGACUAAACUCCCAGUAGUGUCCAGAUCUUCUAGAAUAGGAGUGUAUGUGGAUCACAUUGCAGGAUCUCUGUCCUUCUACAGCGUCUCUGACACAAUGACCCUCAUCCACAGAGUCAACACCACAUUCACUAAACCUCUCUAUCCUGGAUUUAGAGUUUAUUUUGGAUCAGUAAAACUGUGUGAUCCAACAGUAGGCUAUGAUACAGGAUUCUACUAAAUUUUUUGUGGUACACUGUGGGGGUUUUCACACCAGAUUAUCUUUGUCUGUGUUCUGAACCCUGGUGGUUACCCUGCCCCACAUGAAAAAAUACUGUAGCAUGCUAUUGAUUAGAAUUUACUAUAAUAAACUGUAAAGUUUGAAGUAUAUUGCAGUGUAUAAUAAUAAUAAUACUGCAUUCAUUUAUACAUUUGGCAGCCGCUUUUAUCCAAACCAACUUAUAGUGCAUUUCAGGUAUGAAUUUUUAAUCAUUAUAUCAGUGUGUGUGUUCCUGAGAAUUGAACCAAAAAACCAUUUGCACUGCUAACGCAAUGCUCCACACACUGAGUAACAGGAACACCGACUAUAGUAUAGUAUAAUUACUAUAGUAUACUGCAGUAUUUUGUAGUAUAAACUAUGCCCUUUUGAAAGUUAGCCAUGGUUACUUUUCAUAAAUAGAUGAACGGUAAAUCCUGUAGUAUCAUUAAUAUUUACUAUAGCAAGUUUCAAAAGCACUGUACAGUAUUAUCUAGGAAUUUUACUUCAUUUUACAAUAGUACUAUUGUGUAUACUAUACAAUAUUUUUUCUUGUACCUGAUUAAUGCUUCAUACUUAUAAUUUCUAAGGUAUUGGUAAGCCUUUUCAAAUUGCUCAUUGCCUUACCAUCACAAACAACUCAAUCAAUAGAGUAGAUAAAUAAACUAAGUUAUAUGCCGCAACUUUUUUACUUGUCAUCCCAUUUCUCUAUAAAGGAGUGGAUGGCAUGCUGAUGUCCUUUAUAGGCUCUGUCAAGACUUUGAUUUCACAUCAUGCUGUAAAUGAAUGACUAAAGACAACGCAGAUAAAUGAUUGUUGAUGUAAUAACAAAAACGACUCCCCUAAUUUACACAAAGCAUGAUGGGGUGAAGAAAUAAUGUCAAAAGUAAACACACUAGCAUGCAGUACAGUAUUAAUGAAUAAUGUUGUUUUACUCAAUAAAUUGAAUUAACAUGGGAACUGAGUCAUUUAU